UCCACUUUGUUCACUCGGUCUCGCUGCUCGUUUCAUUUUUUCGGUCUUUCUCGUUUCCGCACAGCUCACACCAAAAUGCCCAGCAAGAGGAAGAAGAACAAGCGUCGCAUGAGGAGAGUGCAAGCUCAGAGGAGAGCCCUCGAAGAGCAGCACGCGUCCAACCCGCCCGUCAAAGCCAGCCCUGGGAUUGCCGCAAGUGCGCCCCCUGCAGCAACCCCAAAAAAAGCCGCUAAAACUCCGGCGCGAGCUCCAGAAAAGAUCCCAGAGGCCGUUCCCAUUGCUGUCCCCAUUGUUGAGACCCCCAAAGCAGAACCAAAACCAGUUGUGAAAGAACCUGUCGUAGAGCCCGUCCCAGUCAAAGCAGAAGCACCAGAGCCCGAGGCUGUGGUGCUGGAACAGACUCCAGCGGAAGUUGAGGUUGAAGUCCCAGCACCGGUCACUGAAGAAGCACCAGUCGUCGAGACUCCACCAGCGGCGCCCCCUGUAGUUGAAGCUCCUGUCGUACAGGAGGCUGAACCCGUCAUUCCUGAAACAGAACCAGUACCUGAGAUCACACCCCCAGCUGAGGCUCCAGUGGCAGCUCCUGCUGAGGCUGAGGUUCAGUCAGUUGACGCAACAAUCGUAACCACAGAGACUGAACAGACACUUGAUGUCUGCGAGCCAGAGACUGAAGUUGAGGCUGAGGCCUUGGCAGAGGAAGAGACAGUCACUGAGGUGGAGGCUGAGGCCUUGGCAGAGGAAGAGACAGUCACUGAGGUGGAGGCUGAGGCCUUGGCAGAGGAAGAGACAGUCACUGAGGCGGACGUAGAGGUGGAGGUGGAAGUGGAAGUGGAGGUGGCCGUCACAGAGGAUAUCUCCGCACCAGAGCCCGUCACCGAAGCCACUGAGGAGCCGGUGGUAGAAGAACAUACGAGUGAGCAGGUUUUUGCUGAGGCAGAAGCUGCUGCGGCAGAGGUGGUUACGGAAACAGUGGUGGAGUCAGUGGAGGAGGUUAUCACAGAGAUACCUGAGCCUGAGCAGGUGACUGAGGCGGCGAUCAGUCCUGCAGCUCCAGCUGAGGAGGAAGAGGAGGACGAAGCUGAAGUGGAAGUGUUGGCUGAAGAAAGUGCACCUGAAGUUCCUGCUGAGCCUGUCACAAAUGCAGAGGAUGCUCCUGCCCAGACUGUGGAAAUCCCAGUGGUGCCAGACACUGUCCCUGAGGCUCCGGUAGAAGAGGCUGAAGAGGCUCCCGUCACUGAAGUCACAGAGGCUCCUGCCGCUCAGGACGUUGCUGACACGCUGGUUGACGACUUUGUUGUCACAGAAUCUGUCUCAGCAGUGGAGGUCGCCAUAGCUGAGUCUGUUGCUGUCCAGCAGGAAAUUGUGGCCAUGAGUGACACCCCCAUCACCCAAACAGAAUCUAUGGAUGUGACCCCUGCUGAGCCUGAACCUGAGCCUGAACCUGAGCCUGAGGCUGAGGCUGAGGCUGAGCCUGAGCCUGAGCCUGAGCCUGCUGCUGCUGCCCCUGCAGUGGAAAUGGUUGUUGAUGCUACUGCUGAGCAGACGUGUCUGGAUGUGCUGUCAGAAGAACCCAAGUCAGAAAUCUGUGACAUGCCAUGUCAGAUGCAGCUCGCUGUUGAGUCUGUGCAGCUCAACUCGAUGGAGAUGUCAGUGGAGGCAGCGUUGAAUGGACACAUCGUUCCAGAGGUGUCCAUCGAGGGCUAGAUCCCCGUCACACAGCUCUGAAGACCAGUUUUUGUCUCUAUUCCCCUUUGGUCAUUUGGAGGACUCAUAGCUUUAAAGGGAGUCAACCAGCUGACUUUUUAUUUUUUAUUUUUUUUAAAUUUUUUUUAGGGCUUAUGACAGAACGGACAGGAAAUCGAAGGAACAUCCACACUUUGAAGUGCCUUUCCUGUCUUGGUUCCUGUCAAAACACCAAACCAGAUGUCAAUAUGCCAAACGCGCUGCAUUCAAAGGCAGCAGGACAGACUAGGACUCGUCAUAAGUUUGCAGAUGUAGAAACAAACAUAUUGUGGCUCCUUUUAAUCUGUAUUUCUCUCCAAAGGCAUGUACAGUGAAUUUGCAUCAGCAGUGGAAGCAGAGGUUGUUGAGAGGUGGAGAGUCCUAAAACAAGAUGAAUGGCAGUGCCUGGUAUUUCUUACAUGUUCUCACCUCUCCAGAACAUCUGCCUCCACACUGCAUACACUCAAUGCAUGUGAAUACUGUAGCAUCAGUGAAAGAGGCUAUAGUUUGUACACGGGCCUAUGUUCAUACUUACGGGUGGGAGGGACAAAUGUUUUUGUUGUUUUUUCAGAUUCACAUCUCAACAUCACAGCUUUUUGCUCGACAGGCUCUCUUUACUCAGAGUCAGAGCUCCAAACUUUCACCCCAGCCUCUGUCUCUGCCCCCUUCUCUGUCCCCCACUUCUCCUCACUGCCCCCACUAAGUGCCAGAGCUUACAUUAGUCUGAUGCUAAAACACUUCCCGAGAGUUUUAGGUUGUACAGCACCAGUGGCCUCUGGAGGAUGGCGGACAUGAAGGGGACGAACUCAGAGGUUGUUUUUUUUUUUGUUUGUUUUUUUUGUCUCUCUUUUUCCCUCACUUUCUCCUUUUUUUAAAUCGUUUUGUAUAGACCGUAUGAUGCGCUACAGUUUUGUGUUCAAUGUGUCCGGAGGGGAGAUGUGAUGUUAUGUGAUCUUUGAGAUGAGGAUCACUCGUGGGCUGUUUGACGGUCUGACUUAAUCCAACUUUGAAAUAAAGCUGUAACUC